CGAGUCGAUUACACGUACACACAUACAUACAUCGAACACACAGAGCCACUCGUUUCGCGAGUCUCGUCGCGCGGGGCGGAAAGGUUGUCCGACUUCCGGAAUUCAGGGUCGCGUGUUUACCCUCGUGCAAGAAGUGGGAGACAGGUGAAGCUAUAUGAACCAGAACUGAAGAGGGCCUGCGUACGCGUCGUGGUACAAAAAGCAUGGUACAAAGGGACAGAGCGUUCGCGAGUUAAAGGUCAACGAUGGACGAUACUUUGGAAAUUGAUUAUGCCGAGUUGCUUCAUCACAUAAGCGUGGUCGUAUCGGACGACUGUCCACAUUCGGAAAUGAUUGACGGCGUGCCGAUACGAAAAUUAUUCAUCAGUAAUUUGGCUGAAAGGACAACUUUCAAGGACUUGAGCAAUUACUUUUCCAUUUACGGACCGGUCGAGAGCUGCUACUUGCGUAGAAUUCACGGGAAAAGUAACUACGCGUUCGUCACGUUCACUGAAGUGGCAGACGCAAUGGCAGCGAUACAAGAUGGAAGUAGGAAACGAAUUCGAUUGCACAACAGAGAUUUAAGGGUGAUGGCUGCAGAUUCUUGGAAUCAGCCGGACAGUAUGGAACACAAAGUGUACGUGGCGGGAAAAGACUCCAGCAAGACCUCCGAUAGGAAGCUUACCACGGAGCAAUACGUUCAGAACAAGUAUCUGCGGAACGACCCCGAGCAGGUGUCCAUUCAUAUGCUGAACGACGAUUGCUUGAGACACAUCUUCCUAUUUCUGCCGAUUACAGACAGAGUUCGCAUAGAGAUAGUUUGCAAACGCUGGCGAGAGUUGAGUCAAGAUUCUUGGCACAUGGUCAAGACAUUGGAUCUAUUGCCUUCUACUUGGGGCUUCACCAAGAUCCACCCCAUCAUCCGUACGGCUUUACUUCGUAAAAUACUGCUCAAGUGUGGUAGAUUCUUAACGAAGAUCAACCUGAACGAGCCGAUUCACUAUUUAAGCCAAAGCACAUUGACUGUUAUCGGCAAGCUCUGCCCCAAUCUUACCAGUAUCGAUGUUACCGCGCUGACAGUUUGUGCGUCAGGUAUACGCACGCUGGCAAAUAAUUGUAGUAACAUAACCGAGUUCAAUUUAGGCCCAUCCACAAACGGUUGUGAGAACGAGUUGAAGGGUCUCUUUACGUUAAAUCCAAACUUAAAAUCUCUCGCGAUAACGAAAAACAAUAUUAUGGGCAAAUGUUUGUUAUGCUUGCCAGAGCAAACUGUGCAUACAAUUAAGUUGGACCGCUGCGACUACCUCGAGGACAAUCACCUUUCAAUGGCGCUAAAGAAGUUCGAGAAUUUGAGACACCUCGCGAUAAAGGAAUGCGUCGGCAUAACGAAAAACACGUUGGAAGUUGUCGGCGAGCACUGUAAAAGUUUAAGAACAUUGGAGCUCAGUGGAGACUUUCCCUCCGCGCAAACUGCGGACAUGUCGUACUUAAUUCACCUCGUCAAUCUGCAAGUUUUAAAAAUCACAAACAAUUCUAAAGUGUCGGACGGUUUCUUUAUCGAUUUGGUACAACAUUGUCAGCAGCUUACCAGCGUAGACAUUACAGGCUGCUGCAACGUGACUGACGCCGGAUUAACGGCUAUCGCUACGUUAACAAGAUUAGAAAAACUAAUAAUCAGUAAUAUGUUUACAAUUACUGACGACGGUUUGAAAAACGUGUGCGGCUUGAAAGAGUUGGAGUGCCGGCAAUGUCUAGUUUCCGAUCGGGGCGUGGCAGUGUUCAUCAAGUCCUCGCCCCAGUUGCAACUGUUGGAUCUUUCCGGAUGUAGGUAUAUCGGGAAUGCCACUCUUGAGGUUGCUAAAGACGUUUGCAGCAGUCGAACUAACAACGUCGUGCUGAAGAUGAUUGUCGGAGGAACGGCAAUUCUCCCUAGAAAGGAGCCAGAUCAAAAGACACUGCCCCCGCUAUUGCAUAUAGUUAACGUCAAUUUGUGCAAUUAUAGCAUGGCCACUUUAUGUCUCACGGACGACUUAGAUUCUUGGUACGAUGAUAGUUCAGAUUUUACCGAGUAUUCCGAUUAUGUGGAAUAUUCAGACUAUACGGACUAUUCGGAGGAUGAGUAUAGAGAACCUGAUUAUUAUUUGUGUAACGAUGCAGAUUGUUAAGGCUACCAGUUUUCUACUGCUCAAACAGAUUCGUUCUUAUCGUUAGUUUUGUCAUUAAGAUUUCAAGAUUUCGUCUUGGUUGUUAUAUGAUUUUCUUGAUACCUGCCGCCUUUCAGAUACCUGCCGCCAUAAAUGAAACGCUCUAUGGUCAAAUACGCGAAUACACAUGUAAGGUUACAUACGCGAUAUAAUAAAAAACGUAAAUUUACAUCUAC